AUGGCAACAGAUCGACGUAAUCGUCACGAACAGGCAUGGCACCAUACUCUCGAGGAGAUUCUACUCGUUCAAAACGAAAACGCAUACAGUGGGUUGUACCACAAUGAAGAACCUGUGUUCAACAUUGAUGACACGGGCGGUGAUGACUGGUGUGUCCCGGGCAACUUAGUUGUACCCCGGCAUAUGUAA